AUGGAGAUAGAGGUUGACACGAAAAGGAAUCAGGUGGACACCUUGGGGACAGAUGGGGACAUCCACGUGGAAUUUACCAGUGGGCAGUUGGAAAUGCAAUCCCAGCGGAAAGCUAGCGGGUCUGUGUCCGCCCGCCAGCCGCGGCCGGGUGCAGGGCCCGCAUGGGUAGAAUGGCACGAAAACGCACCCGCGAACGCCGCGUCGGGCAGGGGCGCGCGUGUGCGCUGGCCCUCUCGGUGCCAGCUUCCCGACUCUGGGAUCCCGCGCUCUCCCGCGCCCUCGCCGGGGCCCAGCUUCAGUGCCAAACAGUCUCCCGGGCCCGCCGCCACCGCCGGCGGGAAAGCGCCCGGCGUCCCGGCGUCACGCGCCAGCAGCCGGGGUGCCCCGCGCGGCGUGGACUCGGGCCGCUGCCGCCAUCCCGCUGGCGAGAGGGAGAGAGAGGCCCGCCCGCUCGCCGGUCGGGCCAGUGUGGGCCAGUGCGUGAGGGCGCGGGGGGCCGUGUCAGCGAGACGCAGAGCGCAGCCGCCACCACCAAACGGACAUGUUGGAGCCCAGCGCCGCCGCCGCCUCCUUUUCCUUAUCCUCCGAACGGGACUGAGAGGGGGCCCGCCACCCUCCGCCUCUGCCGCCCGCCCCGCCGCCUCGGCCGCAGCCUCUUCCUGCCCGGCCUCUGGCUCCGCCGCUCGUCGCCCCCCCCAACCCCCCCGCCCCUCAGGCCCGGCCGGUUCCCCGGCCCCGCUCCGCCGCGGCGCGAGGUCUAUGUGA